GGUCUGAUCAUAACCAUGAGCGGAAGAGGCAAGACCGGCGGAAAGGCUAGGGCCAAGGCCAAGACUCGUUCCUCCAGAGCUGGGCUGCAGUUCCCUGUGGGCCGUGUGCACAGGCUCCUACGUAAAGGCAACUACGCCGAGCGCGUCGGUGCCGGCGCUCCGGUCUACCUGGCCGCCGUGCUGGAGUAUCUGACUGCUGAGAUCCUGGAGUUGGCCGGCAACGCCGCCCGUGACAACAAGAAGACCCGUAUCAUCCCCCGCCACCUGCAGCUCGCCGUGCGUAACGAUGAGGAGCUGAACAAACUGCUCGGCGGGGUGACCAUCGCUCAGGGUGGUGUGCUGCCUAACAUUCAGGCCGUGCUUCUGCCCAAGAAGACCGAGAAGACCGUCAAGACCAAGUAAACGCGCCCACUGCUGCGUCUGAUCAUAACCAUGAGCGGAAGAGGCAAGACCGGCGGAAAGGCUAGGGCUAAGGCCAAGACUCGUUCCUCCAGAGCUGGGCUGCAGUUCCCUGUGGGCCGUGUGCACAGGCUCCUGCGUAAAGGCAACUACGCCGAGCGCGUCGGUGCCGGCGCUCCGGUCUACCUGGCCGCCGUGCUGGAGUAUCUGACUGCUGAGAUCCUGGAGUUGGCCGGCAACGCCGCCCGUGACAACAAGAAGACCCGUAUCAUCCCCCGCCACCUGCAGCUCGCCGUGCGUAACGAUGAGGAGCUGAACAAACUGCUCGGCGGGGUGACCAUCGCUCAGGGUGGUGUGCUGCCUAACAUUCAGGCCGUGCUUCUGCCCAAGAAGACCGAGAAGACCGUCAAGACCAAGUAAACGCGCCCACUGCUGCGUUUGCCAGUACCCAAAGGCUCUUUUAAGAGCCACCC